UAGCCAUCACUUCCAUCGAACAAAAUCACGAAGAGAUGGGGGCCUUCUCUCGCCAUCUCGCUCCCCCUCCGCCACAGCAACAGCAGCAUGAGGUUUUCAUCAGUUACCGCGGAGAGGAGCUACGGUAUGGCUUCCUCAGCCACCUCGUCGAUGCCUUUCGCCGUCGUCGAAUCAGAUUCUUCGUCGACAAAGGCGCACGAAGAGGUGAGGAUCUGAGAAACUUGUUUGUGAGGAUCCAAGAGUCGAGAAUCGCAUUGGCCGUCUUCUCCACGAGGUAUCCAGAAUCAGAAUGGUGCUUGGACGAGCUCGUGAAGAUCGACGAAUGCGUGAAGAUGGGGAACUUGAGGGUGAUUCCAAUCUUCUUCAAGGUGAAACCAGAUGACGUGAGAAGACAGGAGGGGGAUUUCGGUGAAAACUUCUGGAAACUCGCCAAGAAUUCUCGAGGUGAACAGAUCAUGAGAUGGAAAGAUGCUUUGGAGUCUGUCUCCGACAAGAUGGGCUUAGCCUUCGACGGCAAGAGAGAGCCGGUUUUUGUGAAGUCUAAAGGGACUGUCAUUUGGCUAUUCUCACUGGUUUGGCAGCUACGAGUCCGAAUUUAUCAAGGAAAUCGUUACGGAGAUCGAGAGAGUACUAACUGCGAUCCCAUCCGGGCAAAAAGGAUAUCAUUCUUACAAUCAUAUCCAAAAGAGAAGGAGAAAUGCCCCUUAUGCCUUGUAUCAGUCUCCUCACUGGCAAAGAACAAAAUCCAGGAAAUUCUGGUGACAAUAUGUAUUCCAUGGAUACCCAUGAUCAUAGUAUCUUUACCGACAAGAUGCGUCUGUUGUUAACUCUUUGCAUGUUCUGGUGCUUUCCUUUGAGGUAUGAUUGUUUACAAAAGAAGUGAUUGCUCCGUCUUUCUAGGAAGUGUCUUCCAAUAGGUGGUGGUGAAUCCUGUAAUGUUCUGGUUUUUUUUCUGGGCAGAAGUUAAAUAACAAAUAUGUAACAGUUUGAUGGAAGUAGUGAGAUUUCUUUGUUCUGUUAAUGAGAUCAAGUCUCCUGCUUUUGUUUAUAGCCACAUUGUUCUUAU